AUGUAAGGAAUUGAAAAUUUGGAGCUUGAUCAAAUUAUAUGUAAAAGAAACUAAUUUGGAAAAUAGAGAUACUAAGUUGUUGCAGAAUCCCUUUUUUUUGAGAAAUAUAAUAUAAGUAAUUAAAUUAGAUAUUUAAUUUAGUCUAAAUAGCAUCUAAAUAUAUUGAAGAAUAAUUGGAAAGAAAAAGAAAAUCACAAGUUGAAAAAAAUGAUCAUUUAAUGAUAUUUGCAGAGAGCAAGCUUAAGUUUCAGAUUGCUAUAAAUCAAACCUAUAAUAUAGACACAAAUAAAAUAGAUAUUUAUAAAUAAAAAAACAAAUUUGAAUUUGUGUCCACACACUUGAAAUCUAUCAUGAUAGAACAUUUAUAAAUUUAAAAUUAACAAUCUUAAACUGUAUUAUUAUAGUAUGAUAUUUAAGGAUAAAAAAAAUACACUAAUAAUUGAAUUAGAAAAUAAUGAUAUCGAAAAAUAUAAAACACAAUUAUCAUAAUUUAAUGAAUAAUCAUUGUUGUCCCUAUUAGAAAGUAAAUCCAUCGAAGAUAGAAAUUUUUGGCAAAAUUAAGAAUCUUUAAGACACCUUUAUUCGAAAGAUUUUGAAAAUAAAAUUUAAUAAUUACAGAAUCAUUAAACAUUAGUUAUUAUUACAAAUAAAAAAUAAUAAUUGAAAGAUGUUAAAAAUCAUUUGGAGCAAAACUAUAUAAUUAAGUAAUAUGAAUAAAAAGAAUAUCUUUUCCAAGAUAUUUAAAAUACUUAAAGUCAAACUUAUGUUCCAUUAAUAAUAUUUAAUUAAUUGUUUAGUGAAUAAAUAAUCAACCCUAUAUUGAGUUUAUCAAGACUGAAUAUCUAAUCUAAUUAUUUAGAUAUAUCAAAGACUUUAGAACAAGUUUAUGGUUAAAAAGACGAUACAUUUAAUAUUUUUAUUAAAUUACUACAAACUUUUGAUAAUUCAAAAUAAAUAAUUAGAUGGAUUAAAGUAGAAUAUUAACUUAUAUCUAGUUGUUAGAAUAGUAUUUUGAGAAUCCUAAUGAUGGUAAUUUAAUAAAAUCAUAAAUGAUUUUUAACGAGAAUUAAUAAAUUGAAUCUAUUAAAAAUGAACUAUUGUUAAAUUAUAACUAAUUGGAUAAAAGAUUUAAAGAUGAGUUUGAAAAUAUUGAGAAAGUAGAACAAGUAGAACAAUUCUUUAAUUAGCAAUAACAAAAUUUUAAACCAUCAGAAAACAAUCAAUAAAUAGUUGCUAAUUUUAGUGUUAUUUUGUAUGAAAUAAAAAAUAAAUACUUAACUUUUCUUUAGUUAUGUAAAAUAGGGUCAGAAGCCUUUUUUGCUUAGGCUAACCUUGAUAUUGAUCCUUCAAAAAAUGAAAAGAAUAAUUCUGAAAUUGGUUAAUAUACUUUAUUAUUAAAAGAAGAAGGAUAAAAACUUUACGAGUAUGAUUUCAAAUUUAGAUUUUAGGUAUAAUUUUAGAUUGAAGGAAGAAAAUGAAUAGUUGCUGAGAAUUUAGGAUAAGAAACUUCGAGAAUUAAUUAUUAGGUAAAUUAGUUUUUAUUAAUGUAGUGUCUUGAUGAGAGUCCUAGCUAUAAAGUUGAAAAAAACAGUUCUUAAUCCAAAUACACGAACGAAUAUCGGUAAAAACAUAUAACUUAUUUGAUAUAUCAAGAAUUUUAAGC